GAGAAGAGGCCUCGGAGUAAACUUCCUAGAGCACUGAGAGGUCUUAUGGGUGAAGCCAACAUUCGCUUUGCUCGAGGAGAACGUGAAGAGGCAAUAUUGAUGUGCAUGGAAAUUAUAAGACAAGCUCCUCUGGCUCAUGAGCCGUUCUCUACUCUUGCGAUGAUUUAUGAGGACCAAGGUGACAUGGAGAAAUCAUUGCAGUUUGAGUUGAUUGCUGCACAUUUAAAUCCUAGUGACACAGAAGAGUGGGUGAGACUGGCAGAAAUGUCUCUGGAACAUGACAAUAUUAAGCAGGCUAUUUUUUGCUAUACAAAAGCUAUUAAAUAUGAACCUACUAAUAUCCGUUUUUUGUGGGAGCGAUCAAGCCUUUAUGAACAGAUGGGUGAUCAUAAAAUGGCCAUGGAUGGUUAUAGGCGUAUUUUAAACCUUUUGUCUCCAACUGAUGGAGAACGUUUUAUGCAGUUGGCUAGAGAUAUAGCAAAGAGUUAUUAUGAAGCCAAUGAUGUUACUUCAGCUAUUAACAUAAUUGAAGAAGCUUUCUCAAAACAUCAGGACCUAGUUUCCAUGGAAGACAUUAACAUAGCAGCUGAACUGUAUAUUUCUAACAAGCAGUAUGACAAAGCUUUGGAGACAAUUACAGAUUAUUCUGGAAUUGUGCUGGAAAGAACUUCAGAAGAAGGACCUUUGGAAGAGAGUACAGCUGGCCGUGUUACCUGCUCCAUACCCGAGGGUGUACCAAUAGAUAUCAUGGUGAAGUUGAUGGUCUGCCUGGUACAUCUCAACAUCCUUGAACCACUUAAUCCUCUCUUGACAACGCUGGUGGAACAGAAUCCCGAAGAUAUGGGAGACCUCUAUCUAGAUGUUGCUGAAGCUUUUCUGGAUGUUGGUGAAUAUAAUUCUGCACUUCCCCUCCUCAGUGCACUCGUUUGCUCUGAGAGAUACAACCUUGCAGUAGUUUGGCUUCGGCAUGCAGAAUGUUUGAAGGCCUUAGGCUAUAUGGAGCGUGCUGCUGAAAGCUAUAGCAAAGUUGUUGAUCUUGCUCCCCUACAUUUGGAUGCAAGGAUUUCGCUGUCGACCCUGCAGCAGCAGCUGGGCCGUCCAGAGAAAGCUCUGGAAGCUCUGGAACCAAUGUAUGAUCCAGAUACUUUAGCACAGGAUGCAAACGCUGCCCAGCAGGAACUGAAGUUAUUGCUUCAUCGUUCUACUCUAUUAUUUUCUCAAGGCAAAAUGUAUGGUUAUGUGGACACCUUACUUACCAUGUUAGCCAUGCUUUUAAAGGUUGCAAUGAAUAGAGCCCAAGUCUGUUUGAUAUCCAGCUCCAAAUCUGGAGAGCGGCAUCUCUACCUUAUUAAAGUAUCAAGAGAUAAAAUAUCAGACACCGGUGACCAAGACUCAACAAAUUGUGAUGCAAAAGCAAUAUUUGCUGUACUCACAAGUGUCUUGACAAAAGAAGAUUGGUGGAACCUUCUCUUGAAGGCCAUAUACACCCUAUGUAACCUAGCCCGGUUUGAAGAAGCUGAGUUACUUGUAGAUUCUUCGCUGGAGUAUUACUCAUUUUAUGACGACAGGCAAAAGCGCAAAGAACUAGAAUACUUUGGUCUGUCUGCUGCAAUUCUAGACAAGAAUUUCAGAAAGGCAUACAACUAUAUCAGGAUAAUGGUAAUGGAAAAUAUCAAUAAACCCCAGCUCUGGAACAUUUUUAAUCAAGUCACCAUGCGCUCCCAGGAUGUACGACAUCAUCGUUUCUGUCUCCGUUUAAUGCUGAAAAACCCAGAUAAUCAUGCUCUAUGUGUCUUAAAUGGACACAAUGCAUUCGUGUCUGGGAGUUUUAAGCAUGCACUUGGACAGUAUGUGCAAGCCUUUCGUGCCUGUCCACAUGAACCUCUUUAUAGCCUUUGUAUUGGCUUAACCUUUAUUCACAUGGCAUCUCAGAAGUUUGUGUUAAAGAAGCAUGCCCUUAUUGUGCAGGGCUUUUCCUUUCUUAAUCGGUACCUCAGUCUACGUGGGCCUUGCCAGGAGUCAUUCUACAAUUUGGGCCGGGGCCUUCAUCAGCUGGGGCUGGUUCACCUUGCAAUCCACUAUUACCAGAAAGCCCUGGAGCUCCCUCCACUCUUGAUAGAGGGAAUAGAAGUUGACCAGAUAGACUUAAGAAGAGAUAUUGCCUACAACUUGUCUCUCAUCUAUCAGAGCAGUGGGAAUAUUGGAAUGGCUCAAAAGCUUUUGUAUACCUAUUGUUGUAUAUGAAGCACCGCAGCUCAGGAAGGAGCCUUGAGCAGCUGCUGUGUGAGGACCAAUAUCUUCUGUCUCAGAGCUCACUCUUUCUACUCCAGAAUAGAAAUGAUAGUUUUGGAAUUAUCUAAUGGUGUAUUUCAUUUUUAAUAUGUGAUAAUGAUCUUUUGGUAGAUAUGCGAAGAUGUCAUUCUUAGAGUUUGUAUAUUUUUCUGUCAUUUUCCAUUCUGUAGUAAAAAUAUCCCCAGUGCUGAAGUAGAUGACCCUGUGGGCCAGCUUGGAGUUGAAUGCACUAUUUUUUUUUUUACUUAUAUCAGUUAUUUAUCUGUGCAUUUAAUACUAUAUAUUAAAUGCCUACUGUAUACCAGGUGCUGGGACUAUGGUAGUAAGACAGAUGUGGUCUUGUCCUUGUGGCCCUUACAGAGUUCGUUACUACCAGUGAAAUCAUUACGGCUCAAUGCAGUUCUUUAAAUACGGAACAUGAGCAUAUAUUUAUUUUGAAAAAAUGCUCGCUGUGUUUCUGCAUACGUCGUCAUCGUUAGUCACUCAUCAUUUCUUAGAGCCCUGUCACUAUUAUAUGAGGUGAUUUCUCAAAUACAUGAAACAGGGGUUGCUUAUUAAAGGAAACACAAUUUGAGACUUUGUGAUGUCAAGGCAGUUACUUUAUUGGGCACAUAACAAAAUUAUUUUAAAUGGUUGUAUGGUAGAAAGACAAAUAGCUGAUUUCAUCUUUCACUUUUUACCUGCAUGUUUCUUAACUAUGUAGACAGACUUGGGAGGCUGGACUUAGUUCAGAAAAUACUGCUCCAAGCAAAAGAAAAAGAACGUUAUCUAUUGUGGCUUCCCAGCAAAAAAAAAUAGAAAAGAGGAUCAUUAUGAAUACAUGACACAGUUUCCAUUUCAAGAUCACUAGGAAUAUAGGAAAGACUGGGAAGAUUGUUUGAUAUAUAAAGUAUUGUUGAUAAAGUAUUAAAAGAAAUGGAUAAAAGCCUUUUACUCAUCUCUAACAUUGUAUGUUCUUGAAUAUAAGGUAACGAUACUUGUUAGCUGUAGUAUUGGUUUAAUAACAACAUUUUUUUUUUUUAAUUUUGCCAGAGAGUAUGUGCGCACUCGCACUGUGGGGGAAGGGGGCAGGAAAGUGUGCCCCAUGCGGUUUAAGCAUGCACGCACACACACGCGCGCACACACACACACACACACAUGGAGUGUUUCUCAAAGCAUUUCUCAAGCUGUCGGGUAAGGUACUCAAACUGUGUAGUUGGCUAUGUGGGAUCCAGUUGCCUUAACCUCCAGGCCGUGGACAGGCCCUAGUAACAGCUUUUUAGGGAAAAUAAAUGCUAUAAUAAAUGUGUAUAUGAGCUGCAAGACCCAGUCCAAUUGAGGUAGGGAAACAGGUCUAAGGCUUAGGAUGAAGGAAUACAAUGAGGGGGUUUUAGGAAUUCUUGCCACUGUUUAUGGUAUAUAUUUAAUUUUCUAAUUGAGAAGCAUAAUUUGUGUAUAAGUAAGUGUAUUGUGCACUCUGUGUGUGUGCUUUAAAUAAAAUUUAUUUUUAUAUA